AUGUCAAUACAAUUGCGAGAUGGAUUGGCCAACCAAUCACUCGAUCGAGUCCUAGAAGAUCUAUUGGUUAGAUUUGUAGUUAAUGUACCAGAAGAAGAUUUAUCAUCAAUUGAAAGAGUAUUCUUUCAAGUAGAAGAAGCACAAUGGUUUUAUUCCGAUUUCAUUCAUCAAAUAUGUCCAGAUUUCCCCCCUAUGAAAAUGAAAAGUUUUUCAGCAAAAGUUUUGGAAAAAUGUCCAUUGAUUUGGAAAUGGGGUGACCCAGAUGAUGCUCUUUCAAGAUUUGGAAAAUAUAAAUCAACUAUUCCAGUCAGAGGAGUGGCAUUGAUGAAUAAAGAUUUAUCUAAAGUUGUUUUGGUAAAAGGAACAGAAUCAAAUACAUGGUCUUUCCCAAGAGGUAAGAUUUCAAAAGGUGAAUCCGAUAUUGAUUGUGCUGUUAGAGAAGUUGAAGAAGAAACUGGGUUUAAUUGUCGUGAUUUAAUUAAUGAGAAUGAAGUAUUGGAAAGAACUAUAAGAGGAAAGAAUUAUAAGAUUUACUUGGUUAGAAAUGUACCUGAAGAUUAUAAUUUUGAACCUCAAGCAAGAUUUGAAAUUGCNGGUUAG